ACAAUGUUUAUUCAUUUCUAAGUAGAGAUUGAAAAUAUGAAUAACAGCAUAUGCGCGGACUAUUCAUCUACUUUUCUAAUAGUUACCUAUUAUCUGUUGGAACCACAUUAGCAGAUAUGUCUUAGUUCAUCAUGAUGGACUUAAUGCCUGAAAAUUUGUUCCUAGAUCUUCUUGACGAUUCCAGAGGCUGUUGUAUCUUUUCAUCGCUUUGCCGAUUUUGCAAGAAUUCAAAAGCAAAAUGCUACGUGCAAGAGAGACUUUUUGUUGGCUGGUGUAAUUUCUACCUGCGUUUCGCCAACUGCGAAAUAAAAUCCUUGAUUGAAUUGUGGGACUGGACUUGUUUUUUGGCCUUGCUUGAUGGGCUGAGUCGGGAAAGAAGGUUGUUACGAUACUGCUCAGAUGAGAGUUAUAAUGAGAAGGUAACUCAUGAAAACUGGGAUAUUGUACAAGAGUAUUUGAUCAAGGAGAACGUCGUCAAAUCUGUUCUCGCAGGAGGUAAGCCUCUCAUUGUUCGAAAGAAAUUCAUAUACUGGUUAACUGAAAUCCUAUGGAGCCUGAUAUUUCGCCAUUACUUUGACUACAGCACAGUGAAAAUGAGUCGAAGGUCAGCCAUUGAUUAUCACAAGGCAACUCUUAGCUUGCUCAAAUGGAUCAAAGUGAAGUUACCGCACUGCAGGCUGAACAAUCUUACCACUGACUUGAAGAAUGGUGUUAUCCUUUGUCAUUUGAUCAACUCAAUAGAGCCUAACUGUAUCGAUCCCUCAGUAUUUACAGAAAUUUUGUACCCUGAGGAUGUUGUAACCUUCGCCAUAGAAGCUGCAAAAGAGGUCCUCGGCAUUCCCGCGUUAAUAAGCGCGAGUGAUAUUUAUGACUGUAAAGCAGACGAGAAAAGUUUGAUUACCUACUUGGCUUUGUUUCGCAGUGCUGACCGAAUGCUUAUGAAGGGAAUCAGACCUAUAUCGGCAAGACCUCGUGGUAGAUAUGCGUUCCACAAGGACGGAGCCAAAGUCAAGCAGCAAAAUUCAAGGGUUGAUGAUAGCAUCGCUUACGGCUUCGGUAUUCGGCAUGGAGAAGUGGGAAAACCGACAGAGUUUGUUGUUCAUUUGAGUGAAAGACAAACUUCAGACUUACAUAUUUCAAUUAAAUGCACGCCGGAUGAUGAUGAGGAUGCCAGGGUUAACGCAGAGCCUAACUUGAAACUAAUUGGAGACAGUUGUUAUAUAAUUUCAUACACACCAGUUAUGUCUGGCCACUAUGAAAUUUCAAUUCUUUGUGGUAAUAAACACAUUAAAAAUAGUCCGUUCAAAAUAAAAGUUGCCCAACCUUCCAUCGAGUUUAAGUGCUACACAGACCCUGAUCAUAAAUUGUCAAUUGAACCAGCCAAACCAACCAUGGAUAGCGAUUAUCUUAUUUUCUGCGACGAUUUAUCUCAUAACUUCAGCAAUACUGAUAGUGAGAGCGUCAUUGAUAAGAAUGUAUACAGGCCAGAGAGUCUAAGUACGGUUGAUAGUGGAAUAGACAACGCGUUAUUUAGCGACGGUUUACAGAGCGAGUUCCAAUCAGGAGCUGAGAAUUCAGAGAGAGGUUCGUCGAUUUCCACCCAGGCCACAUCGCCAUCCAUUGUCUCCAAAGGAGGCUCUCAGUGCUCGAUCGUUUCGGAGUUUGAUUUCUUUGAAGCUUUUGGCUCUGGCCUCGAGUCAGGGGAAGUAGGUGUUUUAAGCCAUUUCGAAGUUAGGACCCCAAAUGGAAGUAAUGGGCCAUUGAGUGUUCUAAUCACGUGUCCUGCUGUUUCCAUACCAACGCCGUACGUCAACACAAGGGCCGAUGGGGACCAACUUAUCCAUGACGUGAUGUUUCUCCCAACAGAACCCGGUAUAUACGAAAUAGAAUUGAAAUGGGGCAAGAAAAUAAUUGUGUGCUCUCCCUACAGUGUUGUCGUUAACGAAGCAGGUAAUACCCCAUCAAAGCAGGCUACCGUGAAUCUUGAGGAUUUUUUUAAUGAUGGGAUAAGACUUGAAAAAAAGGCCGUUUUGUACUACAGUUCAACGAGCACAGACAAGCGACACGCGCGAAGGAGGCAUUUCCUCGAAUCGAUUUUGCAAAGAGAAAUUCCCAAUCUACAUCUGGAUAGCAUUGCGAUAGACGUUGAGAUGCCACCAAAGGAAAGGAGAAAAAUCCUCUCGCAGAUUCAUACUGACACCAGAAAAGGAAAUUUACCUUUUGUUUUUGUAGAUAAAAAGUUCCUUGGAGAUUUUGAAACACUUGUUGGGAAGCAUAGAAAUGGCGAAUUGAAACAAUAUCUUAAGGAAAAAUUUGAGUAUUACAGCAUGGAUGAAAGCAAUCUACUUGUCGAUUUAAAAACUCUUGGGCAAAUCAAAGCAACUCUUGAGGAAAUAAAAUCAUCCAGAUUCACUUAGCAAUUGAUUUAUAGGGUUUUUUAAAUUUCAAAAUCUGCAAAUGCAUCCACUACUCUCUUAAAAUAGGUAGCAGCAAAUUCUUUGAAACUGAGAUGGACGUAUUUUCAAACAUCAAGUUACCGAAGUAUCAAUAUUGUUGUGACUAAAACCAUCAUAUGUUAGAAAGAUGUGCUUUUGCUUAUGAAAUGAUUAUACUGAUUGCGAAUGCUUUCAGGCUUUUUGGCCCGCAAUGUCGAUAAUCUAAUUUGCAAAGAUCGGGAUGCAGUUAAAUUUACGGGUUAAUGCAAGUUAUAAAUUUUGUAUACAAUAUAGCUUUGCUUGAUAUGCUCUACCUGAAUCUGCAAUAGAGUAGAUGAUCAUUUUACUGCGUGGAUUGUUUUUCACGGACACAGCAAGUGGCUAAUUCUACCAGGGGGAGGGGAGGGGGGGGGGGGCGGAGAAAUAGAGUUCAUUGGUUUUUCCUGAUUCCGAUUAAAUACAGGGAGACGGUAACAAGCUGCUGGAGAUAUUGAAGGUGAUGUGUUCUGAGAUUUGACAGUUAAGAAAAUCAGGCUUGAUUGAGCCUAGUUUUAUGUGGGAAACCAACCUUCUUCCUCCCCAAAUAGGCGAUUAACGUCAAUGUAUGUGAGACCAUCUUAGAAUAUCUUUAUUAGAAUUUGCAAAUAGCUUGGAAAGGCACUAGAAAUGCUGUGUUUUAAGUGCAUUAUAUCUUAUUUAUUAUGAA